UAUAACGGUCAGUAUUUAUUGUCAGCAUUUUAAGCAAACGGUCGCCUGGUCACACUGUUUAACAGCUGUUCUGGCGUCCUAACAAAAACCUGCAAUUACUUUGUUUUGAUUGUGGAUUAGUGCAAUAUACAAGCGUAGGAAAUGCUGCAUUCACAGGCAAUGCAAUCCAUACCCACUCUGCACCAGCCCCUACACUCCAAGGUGUCUAAUUACCUAAACAACCAGCGGAGAACAGGACAGUUCUGUGAUCUCCUCCUGGAAUUGGACUCGGAUGACUCCCUGAACUUAAGUGUCCACUUCUGUGUGCUGGCUGCCCAGAGCCAGUUGAUAAACACCAACCAGAAGCAGCAGCAGUUCUCCAUUCACAAUCCGCUGAAGAUCACCAUUCGGAAUUUUAGCUGCACUCAGUGCCUGCACUCCAUUGUGGACUUCUUCUACGAGGACAUGGUAUCCGUGUCCAAAGAACACAUGCCGCACUUCCGAGAAUUGGCGCAAAUCCUGGCUGUCACGGAACUGCUGAACCUUUACCAGUUGCAGCCUUUAGGGGAGGUGAAGGAAACGUCAGAGAUCAUGGCUUCGGGCGAGGUGGAACAAAAUCAUGAGCCAACUAGGAAAGCGGAGGAUUUGUUUGAGAGUCGACAGAGUUACUUUAAGUUGAAGAAUCCCAGGGCCGUAAAGUCCAGCAGCAAGGUUAACUACUGCAUUGGCUGCGACUACAAGUGCUACCAGGUGCAGAAGAUGAUUGAGCACAUGGGCAGCUGUGAGCCCUCGCAUCUGACCUGCUCCCUGUGCGAAGUGGGUUUCUUGGACUGGCGGGAGUACGACACACAUCUUCGCAGGCACUCCAGUGACCUUCGCAAACCGUUCUUCUGCCUGCAAUGCGGCAUUCGCUUCACCACUCGAGCAGCCCUGCUCGUCCACCAGCCCAAGCACAGUACGGAAACGCCACACCUAUGUCCUCAUUGCGGAAAAGGCUUCAAGUGGAAGCAGGGCCUGAGCAACCACCUUGUGGUGCACAAUCCCGAGAAGCAGCUGCUCUGCGACGUCUGCGGCUACAGCACCACCCAUAUGAAGGCCCUCAAUUCCCACAAACUGCUCCACACCGGGGAAUUCUUCGCCUGCACAGUUUCGGGGUGUAAGCAUCGAGCCAAUCGCAAGGAGAACCUUAAGCUGCACAUCGAAACCCACAAGCAGGGACGGGAUUUCAUCUGCGAGAUCUGCGGCUGCAAGUUCAGCCAGAGCAAGAACCUCAAACGGCACGCCUUGAAGCAUACGGAGAACGGUCCCAAUCGGUACAAGUGUCAGCUGUGUGGGUUUAGUAGUCAUCGCUCCGACAAGAUGAAAGAGCACGUACAGCGAGUGCACACGGAGAAGGCGGUGCAAUUGGAGCUCUCUGAGACAGUGGACAGUUCCUUUCCCGACGACUUUGAUCUGCCUGUAAUCGAGACAUUGUCGACGCCAAAAAAGAAACCCAAGAAGGUUCAGAGAAAGGCGAAAAUGGAUACAAAUCCUGAUCGACGACUGAAAACUCUACUGCCUAAGGAGACUGUUAAAUAGAAAUAAAACAGAAAGUUACUCUGUCUUAUGAACUUUCCAAAAUUAAUUGAAAUUAUUAAUUUAAAAUUAAAGGAGAAUGUAUCAGUUGGUAAACUAGGUAACCGAUUUCGAAGAGAUCGCUGGUUAUCCAACAAAUAUUUACCAUUGGAAUAUUCUGGAACCGAUUUCUCUUUGGAGACAAAAGAGGCACCAUUCAAAGCAAUCAUAAAUGGUUUGAUGCCAAUGAUUUGUAAACAAAGUUGUGAUAUAUUGUGGAAGGUUCUUGAAACAACAUUUUUGAGGCCGUUCUAUCUUAUCUAAGAAUGUGAUAACGAUCUAUUGCGUCGUUUCUAGAGUUCCAGAGGUACUUUUAGAACGAAUAGCUGCUAAAUGACUAACCAACACAAUAGUUCGCACCUUAUCACCGCAAGAACACCACAUAACAUCUGUUGUUUAUAUAAAAGCGAUUAGACCAAAACAAACUAAAA